AUGUAUUCAUCUUGCCAACUACUUCCGGUAGGUGGAGUCGUCCAUUUUUCCGAACACGCGCAAUGGGAAAGGAGCCAUUUUCUUCGGAACGGCAACGUGGCAGCCGGCGUUCUCGAUCGUCUUCUCGCGAUGAACGUUGUCGUAUCAUUGUUGGUCGCGACCAUCGGUGCGACAAGUUGCUUCUCGGCCACCGAGAUAUUACAGUCGACGAACUCGUACUUGACAAAGGCCGACAGGAUUCAUUUGAAAAAGAUACUCGAACCAGGUUUAACCUCAAACGACGUUACGCUCGUGUAUCAUGCAGUUCAUGGAUAUACGUUUCUCGAGGAAGCUUUGCCGAACAAACAGGAUAUUUGUGACUUUUUGGUAAGAGAGGUUAUAGAAGAGGGUAACAAUGUCACGACGGAGAAGGCAUUUUACGUUGCAUCCACUUGGCGAACUGUGGGAAAUUGUCAAAGUAAAUCUCCGUCCAACGUUGUAAAGGUGCUGUUGACCGCGAUAGAGAAAGAGACCUCGAGCAUGACGGAAUUGUACCACGCAGUAAGCGGACUGACUGUUUUGUCAGAAAAAUUGUCCCGUGAUAACGUCGACAAUGUAAUCAAGAGCGUGCAAAAUACGUUACGGAAAGACGACAGUUUGUGGAACUUGGGCUACACGUUUCACAUUGCUUCAGACCUUGGCGGUACGCUCGGUUUCGAUCGUAUCGAGGAUGCAAUUGUUCAAGCAGACGAGAUAGACGGACAGUAUUUGCAAUUCGAAGGUGGUCUCUCCGUAACCAGUUUCUUAGUGAACGGCAUCUUCAAGCUGUCCAACGCGUUAAAAAAGAAACCGCCAUUAACAUCUCGACAGAUAGCGAAGCUGGCCAAUUAUCUUCUGUCUCGACGUUCCGUGCAGACACCAAGAGGCGUUUCAAGCUUACUUUCCGCCUUAACGACUUUGGCGAAUAACGAUUUCGAAAGACCGACCUGCGUAACGUUAGCCAACGAAGAGAUCAGUAUCUCUACUCGACAGCCCUUGGUGACGAUAAGAGUUUGCGACGUACUAGGCAACCCGAUCAAAGCGAGCAACUCGAUCAAAGUGACGGCAAAUUCUGCGACAAGAGUCGGCGACGACGUCGUCAUGUUCAACAAACAAAGUUUGCAGCCUUCGCCUACGGAUAAAACUUUGUUCGUAAUGAAUUUCACGGAGAUGAAACCGGAACGUGGAUUUUAUAAGAUAUCGGUCACAGCGGCUGGAGCGGUAACGAACACCGUUACGGUAAAGGUUCUUUGCGAAGUUGCGGUCGAUCACAUGGAAAUUGGCACUGCCGAUGCCGACCAGACUACCCAACCAAAGCUUACACGAGUUCUGUUCCCUGAGAAAUUAUCGCAAAAGAUCGAGGCUGAUUCCCAACAGAAAUUAGUCAUGCGAUUCUUACUGAAGGACGGUGCUAAUAGAAAACCCAUGCGUACGCAUCAAGCAUUCGUACGACUUUCUUCCGCGUCCGCUUCGAACGAUGACGAGACGAAAAGAGGACACGAGAUCCUUUUCGUCGCCGAAACGGACACGUCGUCGCAUCUUUACAAAUUCGACAUGCCGAUAGGAACUGCAGCUGCGAAUUUCGACUAUCAAAGUGGGGAUUACAACGUGGAAUUGAUAAUCGGCGACGCGGUACUGAGCAAUCCUUUCCAAUGGACAGUGGCAACGAUCAAUCUAAAGUUUCCCGAGCCAUCUUCCAUCGGACGAGCAGAUAGAAACGCGCUUUACAAAUACAAAUCCAACAUUUACACGACCAAGCCAGAAAUAAAGCACAUGUUUCGCCAACCGGAGAAGAGGCCUCCCGCUUUUGUCUCAAACUUGUUCACCGGCCUGUGUUUAGCACCGAUUCUCUUGUUGUUCGCUUUAUGGGCCAAGCUUGGCGUGAAUAUAUCGAAUUUUCCAUUCUCCAUCAGCGCCGUGACGUUCCAUCUUGGACUUGGAAGUAUUUUUACGCUUUUUGGGAUAUUUUGGUUAAAGCUAAACAUGUUCGUUACUCUUAGGUAUCUUUUCGGCCUUGGCGUCGUUACGUUCCUCGCUGGCAAUAAAAUGUUGUCACGUAUAGCGCAUAAACACAAAUCGCGUUAACUCGCCUCGGACCGCGAGUUGGUAUCUUUAUAAUUGCGUUUUUACAAAGUUUAAAUUGUUUUGCAAGGAGAAUGAAAAAAAGAAGGAACACAAAUUGCAAAGACCGUCGCAAGAGCCGGUUGUCGGGGGCCGUUCGUCGGUCGUAUAUACGAUAAAUCGCCGAAACUGACAAACGAACCGUUUCACCGUUAACGAAUACCGAUCCUGGCGCUGAUGCAAACGACGACGGACAUGAUCAACGCGAGCGACAGCGAUGCUAUUUUCCAUCGUAAUCGCAUGCUGCGAACGAAUGGUUGGAUUCAGACGAUCGCAACGAAUUAUCAGCCACGAACAAUUUUAUUUGUCAAUCAAAGAUAACUCGCAUUUCAUGUUUGUAACAGGCACGUUUGUAAUACACGAUAUGUACGUUGUGCAACGCGUUUCCCGAUCUCGUGUACGCGUAAAGUAACAAAGUACCAUUGAAAAGAAACACAGUCGCGUCGUUUUCGAUGGCGUACACGAAACGACGGCAGUUGUACUCGAUGAUAAUAAAUCAAUUUUUGGUACGCGUACUUGCGUCGUGCGUAUACCAUUCGUUUUCAUCAUCCGUCGAAAGUCUACGCGUCGAAGCACGUCGAACCUGUCUCGUCGUCGACGAGGCAGCGUCUCAUCAAUCUUCGUAAGUUAUUCGCUCGUACGGUCAACCGAUUUCUCUCGUUACGUAGUUCGGCCGUGAUUAUUCGGGCUAAACCUAAUCGACGCCAAAAGUUAACGGUACGUCGAAAGUCUGUCGCAGCCUAGAAAAGAAAGGAAAAAAGAAAGAAAGAAGAAUUAACGCGAGAGCGAGUGGUGGUUUUACAGCUAAAAUAAUAGCAUCGCGCGUAGCGUGUGUAGCGAACCGUUCGAAGUGGAAGGAUAUCAUCGUCGUCAUCGGUUAUCGACGAUCUCGUAGGACGAUCGUCGAUCGUUGGAAGUUGGAUCUUUUCAUCUUGCGUCUCGUAUUUUCGACAGAUUUGCACGUAACCGAGUAUACGUUCUGCUUUGAUCAACAAACGUCUCGCGUGUUUCACGCUACGAUUAUAUUCCUCGGACAUUGUCGUUGUUUUAUGUUUAUCUUUUUUACAACCUAAUAAAUAAAUCACCCGCUAUGAAACAA